CGCCGAGUGUCUGAAGACAAGGAAGGCCAAGGCGGCCGCUGCCAAAGCUGCGCUGGCGAAAGCCAAGAACGCCCCCAACUCGGACUCCAAUUCCUCGGCUUCUGAUGCUGCCCGACGAACGGCUGAGGGUGAGCAGCACUUAAUUGCCACUAUGCUGGCUCAGGGUUCUGGGGCCCCUGCUCUCGAAGCCGCCCUUCCACCGCCGGUCGUCCCCACGAAGGCGGCUCCUCAGAAGGGGACAGAGAAGGCCCCCGAGAAGAAACAGAAGAGAGGCCGCGAGGCAAGCUCCACUCCCCCCCUGCUUGAAAAUGCCGGCUCCCUGCCUUUGAGCCGCCCGGCGGAGGAGCUUUGGAGGGAGAUGGCCCUCAAGGCCGGUCUCGAGCUGCCCCGCCGUUCGUCGUCUGAGGCGACCAGCGCUGCCCUGGCCGCCGCUCUUCAGUCCUUCAAGCUGAAGCCGCCAGGGAGGCUGACCUGAGGGAGGUCAAAGCUAAGGCCGAUGCGGCCGUUGCUACGGCCCGGGAGGCCGCUCGUCGAGCUGAGGCGGAGGCAGCGGCCAAAGGAAGGGAGAUUACAGCCCUGCAGGCUGAAUCUCGCAGCCAG